UUUAAGGAGGAAGAAGGUAACGUGCAUCAGAUCUGUGUUCAGGGUUAAGAGGGAACACUCAGUAAGUAUUAGUAUUAUAAGUAUUAUUAGGGUUAUUAAGUAUUAUUAUAAGUAAUAUAAGGUUUAGAGUUGGCGAGUAGACGACUGAAUAGCGAUGUGCAGGAAGACGAGGAGGACGGCACCAUGGUCCUCUCUGGAGGUUCUGCUGAGCACCGUGACCAUCGUCUUGUUUGCGGUGUGUGUCGGGCUCAUCGUCCUGUCCUUUUUAGUGCUCCAAACAGGUAACGAAGGACAAACAGGAAGCAGCAACUCGUCGUUCAGUGGAACUCUGACCAUCUCAGAGGGAGCGAGUUUCACUGAGGAGCUCAGGAACAGUAGCAGUGGGACCUUUAAAUCUCUGGCCUAUGAUGCGCAGCUUCUGAUCACCGAAGCAUAUGAACUCGGCUCAUUAAGCUCGCAGUUCAGGAGCUGCAGAGUGACCAGCUUCAGUCCGGGAAGUGUGAUAGUGCACUUCACUGUGCUGUUCAGGGAUGUUGUGGAAGUAACAGUGGUGCAGCAGCAGUUAAUUUCCGGUUUACAGAAUAUUCCAGACUCAACACUCAUCAUAAACAGCAGCAGCAUUCAUGUCACAGACAUUUCCACCACACAGAUUCCCCCUACAGCUACACCUGAAACAGUUAAAUGUCCUGAUGAACAGAAAUUUUGCAGAGACAAUGUAACUUGUGUUCCUAUAAACCUCUUCUGUGAUGGAGAAACAAACUGUCCCGACGCCUCUGACGAGUCUCACAGCACCUGUGCGACGGUGUGUGAUGGACAGUUCCUGUUGCUGGGGCCGAGUGGAUUUUUCCACAGUGAUAAUUUCCCCCUGGAUUAUGACAGCAGUACAGAAUGUCUCUGGAUCAUACGUGUUAAUGAAGGACUGAGCAUAAAGAUCGAUUUCGAGACUUUUGAUACGGAGCAAGAAUUCGAUGUUCUGAACGUGUACGAGGGAAUCGGAGCUGCGAAAACACUGGAGUACUCGCUGUCAGGUUCGUCUCCUGGAGUUGUCUGGAUUUUGUCCCAUGAGGCCACAGUGAAGUUCUCCUCUGAUUUAAUAUACAACCAGCAAGGCUUUAACGCUACGUACCGAGCAGAGAACCUCACACACCUCAGCAAUGAGGCGAAGAUAAACUGCUCGUUUGAGGAGGGAUUCUGUUUCUGGAGACAGGACGCUGAUGGUGAUGGAGACUGGAUGAGGAAGAACGGAUCUUCUUUGCCUGCUCUGUCUGGACCGAACUUUGACCACACGUUCGCUAACCAGUCCGGGUACUACAUCAUAACUCCGACGAGUCCUGGAAGUUGGGAGAAGAUUUUCCGUCUCCGCAGCUUCCCAUUGGCUCCCGCAACAGAAUCGAUGUGUCUGAGGUUCUGGUAUCACAUGUUCGGUGAGAACGUUCGGCGUCUGACAGUAAACGCAGAGAGAAACUCAAAUGUCGUGAUUCUGUUCCAGAAAGAGGGAAACUACGGAAACAACUGGAACUACGGACAAGUAACCAUAAAGGACACGACCAAUCAAACAAUCGUAUUUGAAGCGCGAAAGCAAGGCACGAGGAACGAUAUUGCACUAGAUGACCUCAGCAUGACCUCUGGGCCGUGUGGACUGUCGCCACCUGACCCGACUCACGUCCCGCUCCCGACCACGCCUCAUCCAGGACCAGCCGAUUGUGGAGGUCCAUUUGACCUUUACGCAUCAAACUCGACCUUCAGCUUGCCAAAUUAUCCUCACAGCUACGGACACGGUUUAUCAUGUGUGUGGAUUUUACAUGCCGAACAAGGGCAAAAUAUCCGACUGCAUUUUCAGGACUUCUCUUUAGAGGCAGCGUAUGACGUGUUGGAGAUUCGUGAUGGAGUUGCACCGCAUUCUACUUUACUGAGUGUGUUAACGGGCGAGCGUGAUUUUCCGGACAUCUUCUCCACGACCUCAGAGAUGACGCUGAUGUUUUUCUCAGAUUCUUCUGGAAGUGAUCGCGGAUUUCUCGCUAAUUUCAGCACGGGCUUUAACCUUGGCCAACCAGAGGCGUGUCAGGCUGGUGAGUACCAGUGUAGAUCCGGAGUGUGUGUGUCCACUGCCAGUGUGUGUGACGGCAUCAGGAACUGCCCCGACAUUUCAGAUGAGGCUAACUGUGUGCAUUUAUCAGCAGCACAGUUUCCCGGAGCUCCUCGUCUGAAGAUUGAGAUUCAGAGCCGUCUCUACACGGCGUGUUCCUCCGGCUGGAGCUCUCACUUCUCCAACUACUUCUGCAGAUAUUUAGGCUACAGAUCAGGAACCGCUUCGUUCGUGUCUGUUUUGGGUGAAGAAGCUCCCUUUGUCGUGGUAACUCAGACUGCUGAUGGCUCAGUGGAUGUGAAACCCAGUGAAAAAUGUCCCAGUGAGAAGGUCGUAUCGCUCCACUGUGAUAACCAACCAUGUGGAAAGCGGAAGGUGGUAAUGAAAACGGAGUCAGGCUGGUCCGUGGUGAGAGAGUCGAGAGUGAAAAUGGAGGAUGAAAUCAGAGAAGGUGUGGAAGGGAGGAUUGUGGGAGGAGAGGACGCGGUAAAGGGAGCAUGGCCGUGGAUCGCCUCGUUACGCUGGACAGGACGACACGCCUGUGGAGGCACAUUAAUCGACUCGCAGUGGCUCGUUACGGCCGCGCACUGCGUUUAUGGGAAGAGCGUUCACCUGUCCAACUGGAACGUGAUUUUGGGUCUUCAUGCUCAGUACGAGUCCAACACUUCAGACAGACAAAAUCAUCAAAUCGACCAGAUUAUCAUAAACCAAAACUAUAACAGAAGAACUAAAGACUCAGAUAUCGCACUCAUACACUUACAGAACAAAGUCAACUUCACAGACUACAUCCAGCCGAUCUGCCUGCCAAAUUCUGCUCAGCAGUUUGCAGCAGGAAGAAAGUGUGUGAUCGCAGGCUGGGGGAGAUUAACUGAAGGAGGUACUGUAGCUGAUGUAUUGCAGCAGGCCGUGUUGCCCCUCAUUAAUAACAGUGUGUGUCAAGCGAGACUUCCUGAAUACAACAUCACUGAACGGAUGGUGUGUGCAGGAUACCCUGAGGGUGGAAUUGAUACUUGUCAGGGUGACUCUGGAGGGCCGCUGAUGUGCGAGGAGGGGGAUGGGUCUUGGGUUUUGGCGGGUGUGACGUCGUUUGGCGUGGGCUGUGCUCGACCUGGACGUCCUGGAGUUUACGCACUGGUCACACACUUCACAGACUGGAUACUGGAAACUCGACGCCUGUACACACACUGGGAUGGAGCGAGAUGAGGACAUAGUGGAAGGGAUGCUGUAAAUAUUGUCAAUUUCUAAAUAGUAGAUUGUUGUUUUUUAGAUGUAAUCAUGAUAUUCAUGCUGAUGAUAAAAUCUCACUUGUGUACAGGAGCAGGUUCUCAAUUCAUUAAACAAUGUAAUCGAAUAAUCAAAUAAUAGAACCAAAAGCUUCUCUGAUCAGGUGAUUGCUGUUUUAUUCUUUAGACUUGCAAUCAAGUGGCUCUAAAUAAAAGGAUUUUGAA